GUAGGCACAAAAACAGGAAGUCACACGGGCGGCUAACAUGCUAGCUGAAGGCUAGCGCAGUAGUAAUGGAUAUGCACAAAAAACAAUAAUUCUAUGUAUUUCCACGAGGUGCAACAAGAUUGGCAUUUUGUUCACGUGCACAACCACAGGGGGAAUCCACAAUGGGCCAAUGCAGGAGAGUGGCCGCCGUGAAUAACCCGUCAUCUCAACGAGACUCUGAAGUCCCUGCAGAGACUACCAGAGUCAUCAAGAAGCACAACAUCUGCAUGGUGUCUGACUUUUUUUAUCCAAAUAUGGGCGGAGUAGAGAGUCACAUUUACCAGCUUUCCCAGUGUCUGAUUGAAAAGGGGCACAAGGUUGUAGUCGCCACCCACGCCUAUGGCAAGAGGAAGGGUGUUCGGUACCUGACCAAUGGAUUGAAGGUCUACUACCUGCCCCUGCAGGUGAUGUACAACCAGUCCACAGCCACCACCUGCUUCCACAGUCUCCCGCUGCUGCGCUGUGUGUUUGUCAGGGAGCGUAUCACCGUUGUUCAUGCGCACAGCUCGUUCUCCGCCAUGGCCCACGAUGCCCUGUUCCACGCCAAGACCAUGGGCCUGAACACAGUGUUCACCGACCACUCGCUCUUCGGCUUUGCUGACGUCAGCUCUGUGCUGACCAACAAGCUUCUGACUGUGUCUCUGUGUGACACCAACCACAUUGUGUGCGUGUCAUACACCAGUAAGGAGAACACCGUCCUCCGUGCAGCGCUUAACCCAGAGAUAGUGUCUGUUAUUCCCAACGCUGUUGACCCGACAGACUUCACUCCUGAUCCCUCACAGCGCCAAGACGACAGGAUUACAAUUGUUGUCAUCAGCCGUCUCGUCUACCGCAAAGGAAUCGACCUUCUUAGUGGAAUAAUCCCAGAACUCUGCCUCAAACAUCCGGAUCUACAUUUCCUCAUCGGUGGAGAGGGACCAAAGAGAAUUGUUUUGGAGGAAGUGAGAGAGAAAUACCAGCUCCAUGACCGGGUGCGUUUGCUGGGGGCUCUCGAGCAUAAAGACGUGCGAGGCGUUUUGGUUCAGGGUCACAUCUUCCUCAACACAUCACUGACUGAAGCGUUCUGUAUGGCAAUUGUGGAGGGAGCCAGCUGUGGAUUGCAGGUGGUCAGCACUCGUGUGGGGGGAAUUCCCGAGGUGUUACCUGAAGACCUGAUCACCCUGUGCGAACCCACCGUACGGUCACUGUGCGCCGGCCUCGAAGCCGUCAUCGCUCAGCAGAGAUCGGGCUCAGUCCCUCCGCCCGCAUCCAUUCACGCACGCGUGCGAAACCUGUACACCUGGAGAAACGUUGCGGAGAGGACUGAAAAAGUGUAUGACCGAGUGGCUGGAGAAGAGGUUCUUCCCCUGGACAGACGGUUAAAGAGGCUAAGGUCUCACUGCGGUCCCGUGGCUGGCUCCAUCUUUGCAUUUGUAGCUGUGUUAGACUUCCUCUUCCUGCUGCUCCUGCAGUGGCUGGUGCCUGACCGGGUCAUGGACGUCGCUGUGGACGCCACCGGUCCUCAGGGAUUGUGGAGGCAGGACACGAGCGGCGACGCGAAACACGUUCGAAGCGUGCCACGAAGCGAGCAGCAGGGACAGAAACGUAGGGACUAAAUGAUCUCUUCAUACCUCUGCCACACGUCCAGUCGCUUACACUGUGUUGCACACUGAUCAGCCACAACAUUAAAACCACUGACAGGAUAAGUAAAUAAAACCGACUAUAUUGUGACGAUUCAAAGUUCUGCUGGGAAACUUUUGGAAGUGGCAUUCAUGUGGAUAUUACUUAGACACUUAUCACCCACCUAGACCAGACCAGACCGGGCACGCUCACCCAAUAACAAUGACACUGUGUGAUGGCAACAGCCACCCCCAACAGGAUACAGCCUGACGCAAACACACAUGAAAAACAGCACGGGGUGUUGACCUGACCUCAAAAUUCACUAGAUCCCAAACUGAUAAAGUAUCUGUGGGAUGUUCCGCGGAGGCACUGAUGAGUCAGUUUUCGAGUCAUCAUAAUGUUAUGCCUGAUCAGUGUGUGCGCUCUUGAUGGUGACGACUGACAGUUUAAACAUGGCUGCGUGUUCUCAUGCUAACCCCAAACAUUGUUUACAGUUACUUACCAAAAGGGACCUUGUGUGGAAGCAUUUUCUCUCAGACAUAAAAGGAGUUUUUAUAUUUAGUGAUUAAAAUAGAAAUCUGUGAAUUUACUUGAAAAUUUUUAAGCACUUUUUCUACUGUCUUGCGUAUGCACUGAACAGAAUGGGUAAAUGAUUAAUUGUGCACUCACUGGGGAAUAAACCUGUUGUUAAUGGUAUUUUUUUUGUUAAAUCUUUUGGUGAAGCUGUAUAUCAGAGCAAAUUAUUUUUACUAACUCAGAUUUUAUCGACGGCACUCUUUUGUUCAAAUGCUUUACAUUUUUCAUUACUAUGUGAAACAUUAUUACAUGUAAGAAAAUCCUCUCUGGAAAUAAAGUGUACUACUGUAAUGUCUUACAUCAUCUUA